UCUCCCAAGAAGCCAAAAACAGAGAAGUCUUCUAAAAAGUUUCUGUGGAUUUGAAGCUUUUUAGUUUUCUUCUGGACGAACCCGAACAUGAAGACAUCUCUCUUCCUUGUCUCCUUCCUCGUCCUCUUACCUCUCUCCCUACAGGACCCAAUCCCAGAAGUCAAAGCACCGAGCCGGGCCCACGCGGAGCUCACGAGCCAUGGUUUUCCGAUAGGGCUGCUCCCUCUAUCCGUCAAGGACUACUACAUCAACAAAACCUCCGGAGACUUCUCCCUUCUCCUCCACGGCACGUGCAAAAUCACGCUUCCUCCAGACAACUACCUCGCGACUUAUUCCGACAAGGUAACGGGUCGGAUCACCAAGGGUCAGAUCGCGGAGCUCCGCGGGAUUCGUGUCAGGGCGUUUUAUCAGUGGUGGUCUAUCACCGGGAUUCGAUCUUCCGGUGAUAACCUUGUUUUCGAGGUCGGUGUUGUCACCGCCAAGUACCCUUCGAAGAAUUUCGACGAGAGUCUUGAUUGCGAAGGACAACGAGCUUCUUCUUGAAUCAGUUCACGAGAUCUGUGAAGCCAGGUGAAACAAGUGAAAGCUGAUGUGUAAUAUAUCUAUCUCCAUCUGAAUAUAUUAAUUAAAGCUUUGUAAUGUAAGACCGCAUAUAAGCCACGGCUUUAUUCUUGUUUUCUCUCUGCAAACUAAAGGUGUUCAUGAAGGGAGGCUUGGAAAUUGUGAACCAGACGUAUUUGUUAAUAUGUGAUAUGGAACUUAAAAACAAGCACGAUCCAUUUUGUUGUUUA